CUCAACUAGAAAUCUGUGUCAAAGUUUCUGUUACCAAAGUCUUCACCAUGAGCCAAUCCGAGGCCCAGCUCAAGGACGUGGUCAUCCUGGGCACUGUGAGCACCGAAGCUCGCAAGAUCCUCACCAAAGACGCCUGUGUCUUCCUUGCCAUCCUCCACCGCGCCUUCAACUCCACCCGCAAAGCUCUCCUCCAACGCCGCAUCGACCGACAAGCUGAGAUCGACAAGGGCCACCUGCCCGACUUUCUCCCCGAAACCAAGCACAUCCGCGAGAAUGACGCCUGGAAGGGCGCUCCCCCGGCCCCUGGCCUAGUCGACCGUCGGGUGGAGAUCACAGGUCCCACUGACCGGAAGAUGGUGGUGAACGCGCUCAACUCGGAUGUCUGGACAUACAUGGCUGAUUUCGAGGAUUCCAGCGCCCCCACCUGGGAGAACAUGAUCAACGGCCAGGUCAACCUCUACGACGCGAUCCGCCGGCAGGUGGACUUCAAGCAAGGCAACAAGGAGUACAAGCUGCGGACGGACCGGGUGCUGCCGACGUUGAUCGCGCGCGCUCGAGGCUGGCACCUCGAGGAGAAGCACUUCACCGUCGACGGCGAGCCCAUCUCCGGCAGUCUGUUCGACUUCGGCCUGUACUUCUACCACAACGCCAAGGAGCUGGUGGCCCGCGGGUUCGGGCCGUACUUCUACCUGCCCAAGAUGGAGUCGCACCUGGAGGCGCGCCUGUGGAACGACGUCUUCAACCUCGCCCAGGACUACAUCGGCAUGCCCCGCGGCACGAUCCGCGGCACCGUGCUGAUCGAGACCAUCACCGCCGCCUUCGAGAUGGACGAGAUCAUCUACGAGCUCCGGGACCACAGCUCCGGCUUGAACUGCGGCCGCUGGGAUUACAUCUUCUCCUUCAUCAAGAAGUUCCGCAAGCACCCCAACUUCGUGCUGCCGGAUCGCUCGGACGUCACCAUGACGGUGCCGUUCAUGGAUGCCUACGUGAAGCUGUUGAUUAAGACCUGCCACCGGAGAGGUGUCCACGCUAUGGGCGGCAUGGCAGCCCAGAUCCCGAUUAAGAACGACGCGGCAGCCAACGACAAGGCGAUGGAGAGCGUGCGAGCGGACAAGCUGCGGGAAGUGCGGGCGGGCCACGACGGGACUUGGGUUGCCCACCCGGCGCUGGCGGCCAUCGCCUCGGACGUCUUCAACACCCACAUGCCCACCCCGAACCAGCUCUUCGUGCGCCGCGAAGACGUCAACAUCACCGCCAACGACCUCCUGAACACCAAUGUUCCCGGCAAGAUCACCGAGGAGGGCAUCCGCAAGAACCUGAACAUCGGCCUGUCGUACAUGGAGGGCUGGCUCCGGGGUGUGGGCUGUAUCCCCAUCAACUUCCUCAUGGAAGACGCCGCCACCGCCGAAGUCUCGCGCAGUCAACUCUGGCAAUGGACGCACCACGGCAUCACCACCUCCGACGGCAAGAAGGUCGACAAGGCCUACGCCCUGCGCCUGCUGCAGGAGCAGGCCGACGACCUGGCUGCCAAGGGCCCCGUCGGCAACAAGUUCCAGCAGGCCGCCCGCUACUUCGCCGGUCAGGUCACCGGCGAGGACUACGCGGACUUCCUGACCACUCUCUUGUACAAUGAGAUCUCCUCGGCGGGCAGUGCGUCCCCCGCGGCUAAGCUGUAGAUCGGCUGGACCGGUGUUUCGGAAAGAUGGAAACGGUUAUUGAAUUAACGCUCUUCUUCUCAUUUUCUUGUGAUGUUAGCUACGGUAUUAUAAUUUCAGACUGGACAUUUUCAUGAAUCAAGCUACUCUUGCGAGUCUAGG